ACAAAAAACUGAAAACAUGUUCAAAAUGUUCUACAUUUUCGUUAAGCUCCGCCCCUCGGUCUGACGACCAAUGAAAAAUUCAUCACAAGUAAGAUUGGGACUGGUGGGUGGGGCUUAAUCUUUGACUUUCUUUCUUAAUAUUUUUGCACAGUAAAUGCGUAGUCUACAACUUCCAAAAUUAUAUUUUCUAAUCAGUUGAUUGACAGGCAGAUUUGCACCUUAUUCCCGAUAUUUUCUGGUAAUCUGAUAGCGCUUAAGACGCUCUCUUAGUAUAGGAGCGCGGUCAAAAUCGAUACACAACAGAGUAUAAAAUAUCAAACUACAACGAAUUUGACAGUUCGCGUCAACCCAACUCCAAGAUUCUCCACUAAUCACCCGCAUUUGUGUAUUAAGGAAAAAUCCAUGCCCCACUUUAAGUCAUCAAUGCCAUCACCUUUCUAAUCACCCAUUGAUUACGCUUAAUGUACAUUCAUUUUCAGAUCCACAUUUUUUUAGACCGCCAUCUGAAGCGUCAAAGCGCAUCUCCUGCCCGAUCAAGCAACUCCUCGCAACUAAUUUAUUUCGUCUCGCCUCCAACCAUCUGCAUCUCAAAUCCAACACAAACAAUAACAAUAAACACGCUUAAUCUCUGAACUUUAACACCGUAAACCUCGACUUAGUUCGGUCGAGCUAACCGCAGAAUGUGGAACAAAAUCGCAAUAACCUUGUUAGUCCUGACCAAAUUAAAACAGGUGCAUUGUAUCGACGAUUGUUCAUCGCUAAGAACCUGCCAGCAGUGCAUGCAUGCACCAUCGUGCGGCUGGUACCUUCAGUAUCGGUCGGUCAACGGUUCCGGGUGCUUCAAAAAGGACCGCCUGGACCUGGAACGAAGGGACGCAACCAAGGGCUACGUCCACCCUCCUAAAAGCAGCUUGUACGUCAUAAGCAGUCGAGGGAAUGAGGAGUUCGCGCCUCAGGCAGUCUUCCUGAAUUUGAGACUAGGCGAGACUUUCGCCUUUCCCAUAACCUUCAAACCGCAGCGCCCAUCGUGGGGCAAACGGGCCGUCGAACUCCAACACAACUACCACAAACCCAGGAUAAAGCUGGCGUUUUUCAGCGACUGCGGUGGUCAACACGAAGAGGCGAUCGAAACCAGCAAGUGUGACAACGUCGAGUUUGGUAAAUCCGUGGAGUUUGUGGUCAAAGUCCAGCAAGUGGUUUGCGCGAAACGUCAACCCGAGAAGAUCAAAACGGUAGAGAUCAGCGCUGCCCCCAGUGGUGCCACCUUCCGGCUGAAUUUGUACGUCCACUGCAACUGUCCUUGCGAGAUGGAAGGCACGAAGGGCAAUCCGGAACUACCCGAAGAAGUUCCGGGGUGUCGCGGCAGGGGCGAGUUCGUGUGCGGGGUGUGCUAUUGCAACGAGGGGUGGGCGGGGGACAGUUGCGAAAUUAACACGACGAACGUUAUGACGUGAUCAAUAAAUCAGUAGAAAACUAUUGGUGUAGUUCCAUGAAAACUCCCCCUCGUUCCGUCUGUCUGUCUGUCUAAAUUUGAAAUUGCACAAAUUGCUCUGAAAUGCACUCCGAAAUAACCUUCGACGAAUUUUUCUUUUCCA